UUCCCUCCGCCGUCGCCCCCGCCAGCCCGGCCAUGGCGUACGGUGGCCUGACGGUGCCCUUCAUCGUCAUGAGCGUUUUCUGGGGGAUGGUCGGCGGCGUCUUGCCGUGGCUCGUACCCAAGGGGCCUAACCGCGGUGUUAUCAACACAAUGCUGGUCACAUGUGCUGUUUGCUGCUACCUGUUUUGGCUGAUCGCGAUUCUAGCUCAACUCAACCCUCUCUUUGGGCCACAGUUAAGCAAUGAAACAAUCUGGUAUCUUAAAUAUGACUGGCCUUAAGGAUCUCUGUCCUCUGCUGCAAUUCAUUGACUAGGUAAAGAAGAGAUUUCUUCCAGAUGAAAAACUCUACUGACCCAAAGAUGCUCUUAACAUAGUUGUUUGGAAACCAAGCCUGCAUUAAUGCCUUAACCUUUCUAUUGUGCUUUAAACUGGCUUGUUGAAAGCCCUAUAUUUUUUCCUACUAUACCAUUUAACAGUGUGCCUAAUGAAAUUUAUACUUUGUUGUUACUGUACGUUUUUGUCUGUAAAUUUCAGAUAUGAUGAAAACUUCUGGGUUUUUUUAUGGGUUGUAUGUUUUCAUUUUACUCUGUAGGAACACUGUGUAUAUCUUACUGGUCAUGGUUUGACUGUUGCUGUGCUGUUCACCCCUCUGUUUGAUGACCCUUUAAAAAAGUGUGUGCAAUUAAAGCGUGAAGAGAAACAGUGGUGCCACUUGUUAAUGGCAUUUACUUUUUAAAAUGAGUGGUGUUCCUGGGAAAUUUGGUCUUUGGUUUGUCGUACCGGGAAAUAAAAUUGAUCCUCUGCUUUAUACAAAGUGCUCUCGUGCCAUGUUUAACUGUUAUGAUGUGCUUCUCUGUGGUUUUAAUCUCAGUAGCUGGACAGAGUUGAGCUGAAGAAACUUAAAUGAUGUGGAUAAAUUGUAAUAAAGUCAUAUUCAUGUGAUGAGAGGAACAUGCUGCUUCCUGUGUCAAGACCUUGGGUAGUUCUAAAAUUGGGCUAAGUUUGCAAUAUAAAAUUUCUAAAAGGUUUGCAGGAAAAAGUGAACACUUAGCUCAAGAGCCUUUACUCCAUGAACUUGUCAUCAUCACAUACUGGGGGAGACUCUGAUAACUUGAAUAAUAUGAAUGAAACUUAAAUAGUACUUUUGGUAGUAGAUGGAUUUACUCCCUGGCCUUUCUGGAAAGAUACAUUUAGUAACAGGCAGUUUGAAUUGAACAAAACCCAUAAUGAUUGUUUCAUGGUGACUUGACACUUGAUUGUGGAAUUAUAGACCGGAUAAAGCACAUGAGUGUGGGACAGAGGUGAAAGAUUGCUGAGGCUCCUCAAUGUCAGCUGUGUCCCUGGGGUUGGGAAUUGAUCUUGUAAGGAGUUGUUUUAAAGGAUAUAAAUACUGCCAUGUGCA